AUGUCUUCUAGUCUACUGGCUGGUCGAACCCCAAAACAGUUCUUUAGUAUAGGCAUCCUUCUAGUUUCAAUAGCUGCACUCACAUAUCUUGCAAUCACUACCCGCGACUAUGGCCCCAAGUUUCUCAAGCGACGUAAAGGUCGAACAGGCAAGGCCGCCAACUUGAAAAAGAAAAAAAGUCGAGGACCUAGUAGAAUACCUGGCAGUGCAAGGAAAAUCACUCCCAGACUACGAAUGUUUAGGUUCUAA